AUGCUGCCCGUGGCGCUGAUGGUUGUGCUGGCACUGUACAACGGUGGCAAGUCAACAGCAGCAUACAACAAUAAAUGUAUGGACGCCAGAAUUGACAACUAUAUAGCAGCUCAAUCCAACGAUCGGCAGGCGGUUCUAAGGCAGAUUCAUGCAAUUAUUAUUACAGCCGAUAAAACAGUGGUUGCUGCUGUGGAACCAAUGAUGGGAAAGGAAAUGAUUGUGUACAAAGGCAGCGGAUUGAUGAAAUAUGGUUUGGCCGGGGUAAAGAAUUAUAUGUCGUUGCAUGUGAUGCCCAUCUACGGAUCAAAGCCCCUGUAUGCAAAGUACCAGUCUCUUUUACCCGGGGCAGGUUUCCAGAAAGGCUGUAUUAAUUUUACCAGUGAGCAACAAAUGCCUUUGGCUAUUGUGCAGCAGCUAAUGGCGGAAUGCGCAAAAAUUGACCUGUUUAAAAUGAAGGAGGAUUACCAGAAGGCUAAGCGAUCAAAAAAUAAGCAUAAGUGUUAA